GCAGGGGCAGGGCGGGGGGGAGCGGCGCGUGCAGAGGAGGGCUCGUGCCGAGCCGUUAUUUUCGACGGGAAGCGGCUCCCACGUGGUGCGCUGCGCUGUGAUUGGUGCGAAAGACCACGAGUGGCGUGUGCCCAGCUGCAGUUUUAGGGACCCCCCCCCCCACCAUGGCAGCAGAGGAGGAGGAGAGCGGCGGGCUGCGUGCCGAGGUGCUGCGGCUGUCAGCAGAGCUGCAGGAGGCCGUGCGGGCCCAGAAGCAGGCGGCCCGCUGCGGGCUGGCUCUGCUGGAGCAGAACGGCGAGCUCCGUCAGCGCUGCAGGGAUCUCGAAGGGCAGCUGGAGGCCUUGCGCACAGAGCUGGCCUUUGCCACUGAGGCCCUGGCAGAAGCGCAGAGCAGCCAGAGGUGGGCAGUGGCUGCCAGUGAGAGCCGGGAGGAGGCCCUGGUGCAGGAGGCUGCUGCCAAAGAGGCCCAGCUGGGUGCCCGCCUGGAGGAGCAGCGGGGGGACCUGCGGCAGCUCCAGUGCCAGCUCCGUGAUGCCCAGGUGGACAACGAGCGCUUGGCUGUGACCUUACAGGACUUGCGGCAGGAGUGCCAAGCGCUGUCAAGGGAGCGUGCCCAGCUCCGGGAUGCGCUGCAGCAGCGCCGGGAAGCGGAGCCCCAGAACCAGCAGGAGCACCGCGACCUGGAGGAGGAGAUUGCCUCCCUCCAGAAGCAGGUCUCCCUGCUCAGGAGCGACCAGGCAGAGCUGGAGGUGCUGCGGCAAGAGGGCCAGCAGUGGGCAGAGGAGCUGGCGCAGGCCGGGGCCCAGCUGGCCGAGCAGGAGCAGCUCCGGGCGCAGGCGGAACGACGCCUCGAGGAGGCCCUGGGGGCGCUGGCGGCUGAGCGCGAGCGGCGCCGGGAGCAGGCGGCCGCUGGCCUGGGGGACCCUGACGGGGAGGGUGACGGCGGUGCCGCCGCUGCCCCGCCGCCCUGCGGCUCCCCCGGCCCCGCGCCCGGCCUCGUUGCGGAUCUCUUCAGCGAGAUGAGCCUCUCUGAGAUCCGCCGGCUGCGGGAGCAGCUCCUCCAGGCGGAGCAGGAGGCCGCAGGGGCCCGGGAGGAGCUGGCCGAGGCCCGGCGGGCCCUGGAGGCCGGCCCCGCCCCCUGCCGCGACCCCGCCCACCGGGCGCUGACCCGGGAGGUGGCCGCCCUCCGCGCUGCCCUGGGGGCCAGCAGGCAGGCGGCGGGGACGGCGCUGUGCCAGCUGCGGGGCUGCCUGGCGGGGCAGCAGGCGGCAGCGGCGGCGGCGCUGCGGGAGCUGCGCCAGGAGCUGGCGGGGCUGCGGGAGGAGGCGGCCGGGCUCGCCGCCCGCCGUGCCGCGCUGGACGCCAGGUGCGAGGAGGCGGGCGCCCGGGCGGCCGAGGCGGAGCGGCGCCUGGCGGAGGCGUGCGCGGAGAAGCGGGCGCUGGGGGCCCUGCUGCGCCAGGCGCUGCGCCAGCAGCGGGGCCUCGCACGGCGCCUCCGGGGGGACACAGGGCCUGGCCUGGCCCCCUCCGGGCCACUGGCCUGAGGGCACUGGGAGCACCGCCCCCCCCCCCCAACUGGUCUCACUGGGACCCCAAUAAAGGCCCCUGCUGCACCACUCCUGCCUCCUUCCCUCCCCUUGCCCGGACGCCUGGGUCCCCUCCGCCUCC